UAUUCUUCCUAGGUGGGGGAAAGUUCCAUGUUUGAACGGCACUGGAGAGUUGGGUAGAUUACAUAAUUUGUUAUACCUUAGACAUAUAUUUAUGGUUAGAUAUUGGUGAAUAUCCAGUAUUAUCACUCCAGACAGAAACCAUCCGCACCACUUUCAUCUUCCUCACCACCACAACAAAAUCCAUACCGGCCAGCAGUACCAGCAUUUCCAUUUCUCAAAAGGCGCACUUUGGGUGGAUGGCAUAAGAUCAGCUUGAUAUGUCUGCAGCUAGCGCACGAGCAAAAUGCUUUAUCCACUUGCAGAACCAUAUCCUUCACCUUCACCUUCACCUUCUCCACCAUCAACCUAAUCGACCUAUGAUCACAUUGAUAUUACUGCUAUAUAAAGCACCGUCCGGGUUCUUGAAAUGAUAAUCUCGAUCGUUCAUUCAAAGACUCUAAUUAAGGUACAAGUACGGGGAAUGAUGAAAGGCAAUUAUCUGCAGUUCUUCUCAUUCUGGUCUGUCUUUCUUGUCCUGUUUUUGGAUGAAACUAGAGCAGCCGAAGCGGGGAAUGAUUUUGGUGUUUAUAUUGUAUACAUGGGAGCAGCGGACAUUUCAAAUGGUUCCUUGAGGGAUGACCAUGUUCAGCUCAUGAACACAGUGUUAAGACGGAGAGAAAAUGCACUGGUACACACCUACAAGCAUGGUUUCUCAGGGUUCGCAGCUCGGAUAUCGGAGGAGGAAGCCCGUUCGAUUGCUCAAAAACCUGGAGUUGUAUCAGUUUUUCCCGAUCCUCUAUUACAGCUCCACACAACUCGUUCUUGGGAUUUCUUGAAGUAUCAAACUUCUGUAGUGAUCGACUCCACGCCUAAUUCUGAAUCUGAAACUUCAUCUCUUGAUCAAUCAGACUCAAUAAUCGGCAUCUUGGAUACAGGAAUUUGGCCGGAGUCAGAGAGCUUUAGUGACAAGGAUAUCGUGGGUAAUUCACUUCCUUCAGGGUGGAAAGGUACCUGCAUGACUGCUGAUGAUUUCAGCUCCUCCAAUUGUAACAAAAAGCUGAUUGGAGCAAGGUUCUACAAUGCAACGGGAAGCAAUUCCCCCCGGGAUUCGCUUGGCCAUGGCACACACGUGGCUUCAACUGCGGCAGGGACCACCAUUGCCAGUGCAUCCUACUACGGCCUAGCCGCUGGGACCGCCAAGGGUGGCUCCCCGGGCUCACGGAUCGCCGUCUAUAGCGUAUGCUCGUUAUUCGGUUGCCGUGGCUCCGCUAUUCUAUCGGCGUUCGACGAUGCGAUUAACGACGGUGUUGAUGUUUUAUCGCUCUCGCUCGGCACUUCGUCGAUAUCGCGACUCGAUCUCCAAAGCGAUCCGAUCGCGAUCGGAGCGUUUCACGCGGUGGAGCACGGGAUCAUUGUGGUCUGCUCCGCAGGGAAUGACGGCCCCGAUGCGGAAUCCGUUGUGAAUAUUGCACCUUGGAUUUUGACCGUUGCAGCCUCGACGAUUGACCGUGAUUUUCAAUCUAAUUUGGUAUUAGGCGGAAACAAAGUGAUUAAGGGUGAAGGCAUAAAUUUCUCUCCACUCCAAAAAUCCCCUGUAUAUCCAUUGAUAUACGCUAAGAAUGCCAAGAAAAGUGGUGCCAAAGAAGUUGAAGCAAGCAACUGCGAACCGGGUUCAUUGGAUAAAGACUUGAUCAAGGGGAAGAUUGUGGUCUGCAAUAACGAUGAUGAGGAUUCUGGUUACUCAAAGGAUGACAAGUUAUAUGCAGUGAAGGACCUUGGAGCAAUCGGUAUAGCUUUGAUGGAUGACAAAACAACGUUAGUGGCAAAUCCUUAUGGUGAUUUUCCAGCAACCAUAAUCACUUCGAAAGAUGCCGAGGUAGUCCUCUCCUAUAUAAAUUCAACCAGAGAUCCAGUCGCAACAAUUUUACCAACAGUAUCAGUGACGAAAUAUACUCCCGCGCCUAAUGUUGCAUAUUUCUCGGCUAGGGGGCCUUCAUAUCACACAAGGAACAUUCUCAAGCCUGAUGUUUCUGCACCAGGAGUGGACAUACUGGCAUCAUGGAUUGGAAAUGACAAAUCAGGAGCUCCAAAAGGAAAAGAAGCCUCGUUGUUUAACAUUCUCUCAGGAACUUCCAUGGCAUGCCCACAUGUUUCAGGGAUAGUCGCCACUGUCAAAUCUCAGAACCGAACAUGGGGUCCCUCAGCUAUCAAAUCAGCCAUAAUGACAACAGCGACUCAGAUAAACAAUCUGAAAGCUCCGAUUACAACGGACUCGGGUGCAAUGGCCACGCCAUAUGAUUACGGUGCAGGGGAGGUGACAACAUCUGGACCAUUACGACCAGGGUUGGUGUACGAGACCACCACCAUCGACUACUUGAACUACCUUUGCUACUCGGGGCUUGACAUAUCUGCAAUUCGAACCAUCGCCCAAACCAUUCCAGAUGGUUUUGCUUGCCCCAAGGACUCCAGCGCUGAUUAUAUAUCCAAUAUCAACUACCCAUCAAUUGCAGUAUCCAAUUUCAAUGGAAAAGAGAGCAAGAACGUGAGCAGGACGGUGACUAAUGUGGCUGGGGAUGGCGAAACUGUCUAUACUGUAAGUGUGGAUGCACCCAGUGGCGUAAAUGUCAGUGUGGUUCCAGAAAAACUGCAGUUUACGAAAAACGAAUUGAAGCUGAGCUACCAAGUGAUCUUUUCUUCCAGUGGAACGCCAUUGAAGGAAGAUCAUGUAUUUGGGUCAAUCACUUGGACUAAUGGAAACUAUAAAGUCCGGAGUCCAUUUGUAAUAAGCGACAAGUAAGCCUAAGGACCGUUUUCUUGACGAUUA